AUGUGCGCGGCCAAACCCCAACUCAUCAACAUGAGCUCCGCCACUGAUAUUCCUAAGAAACUUCACAUAGCCUUGUUCCCAUGGCUAGCCUUUGGUCACAUAGCACCAUUUAUUGAGGAUGCGAAGUGCGUAGCUCGAAGAGGGCAUAAGGUCGAAAACCUCCCAGAAAACGCAGAGGCCACCAUGGAUGUCUUAUACCACAUUAUUCCAUACCUCAAAUUAGCUCACGAUGGACUUGAAGCCGGUAUUUAUGAAUUUCUAGAAGCUCAUACUCCGGAUUGGAUUAUUCAUGAUUUUUCCCCUCAUUGGUUGCCACCAAUAGCUACAAAGCUAGGCAUAUCACGAGCCUAUUUCAGCAUCCUCAAUGCUGCCUUUGCAAAGAGAUCGAGGAUAGUAGAGCAAUCUGAUGAAGACAAGGAGGAUAAGAGCUGGACUAUAAUUGUCGACUGGUUGAACAAGCAAGAGAAGGGGACUGUUGUUUAUGUUGCGUUAGGAACUGAAGUGAAUCCAAGCCGAGAAGACUUCACAGAAUUGGCUCUAGGAUUGGAACUUUCUGGGUUGCCUUUCUUUUGGGUACUGAGGAAAUUACCAAGUGGUUCAGGGGAUGGUAACUUGGAGAUCAAGUUACCAGACGGUUCAAUCAUAGAGGGACUCCAUUAUGGACGUCCUCUUAUGAUGCUUCCUUUCUUCAUUGACCAAGGGCUAAAUGCUAGGCUUUGGGGCAAGAAGGUUGGAAUUGAGGUACCGAGAGAUGAGCAGAGUGGAUCGUUUAUGAGGGAUUCGGUGGCCAAGUCACUGAAAUUGGUUAUGGUGGAGGAGGAUGGAAAGGCUUAUAGGGAUGGGGCUAAGGAAUUUAGUGCAACAUUCAGAGACAGAGAGCUUCAAGAUAGAUACAUGGACACAUUCUUGGACUAUUUAGAAAAGCAUAAGAAAGGGAACGAGUUUGAUCAAUAA